GCAGACCAAAAUGGAAGGCAAAACAGUCAUUAUCACAGGCGCCAACAGUGGCAUAGGCAAGGAGACAGCUCGCGAAUUGGCCAAACGGGGAGCGCGCAUCAUCAUGGCCUGCCGCAAUCUGGAGACAGCCAAUGCUGCUAAAGAGGAAAUCGGCAAAGAGACGGGCAACAACAAAUUGAUUGUGAAGAAACUAGAUCUGGGGUCACAGAAGUCGGUGCGGGAAUUCGCUGCCGAUAUC